AUGUCAUCCAACAGCGUUGCUUAUAGAAUGAUGGUCCUUUUAGAGGAAGACAUGGAACCUAUUGAAGAUGAUAUUAAUUUGAAAUCAGAAUCUUCUUCCAAUGAUAAUACCGAAAAAGUUACAACAACAAAAAAUACAGAGCCUAAAAAGAGUCAUGAAUUUAUUGAUGAGUUAAUUUUACCAUUCCAUGUAGAUGAGUUGGAUAUUUUAAAUGAAUGGUUUGAUAAAUUUGAUGAACAAAUCUGUAUACCCAACGAAGGUCAUAUUAAAUACGAAAUUACCAGUGAUGGAUUAAUAAUUUUAAUUUUAGAUAAUGAUAUUAAACAUGUGGUUGAACAAGUUAAAGAUUUUGUUCAAAAUAAUCAAUAA